UGACAUAUUUAUGGUCCAAAGUUCAUUGCGUGUGUCCCUUGGAGACAAGAGGUGAAAGUUCACAGGCAAUAAGGAAGUGGUGUGUGUGAUUAAUAGAACCAGCAGCAGAACGCGUGUGGAUCCUGAGGUGAGCAUGAUGAAGUUGUUGGUGAAAGUUGAGCUGGUGAAAUUCAUCUUCCUGGUGGUGAACGUCUUCUUCCUGGCUCUGGGCACCAGUGUGGCCGCUUGUGGCGUUUGGAUCCGGUUUGACUCGAGCAGCUUCAUUGGAGCCGUUUCUUCCGAGGAGCUGCAGAUGGUGGGGGUGGGGCUGCUGUUGAUUGGCAUCCUGGUGAUGGUGUCCGGCAUGGUGGCGUGUUUUGGAGCUUGCUGGGAAAAAAGACUUUUUCUACUCGCUUACGUGUGCUUCCUGCUGCUGCUGAUCCUGGGGCAGCUGCUGGUCCUGCUGCUGCUGCUGGUCAACAAACGCCAGAUUGAGGAGCACGCCGACACCGCUGUGGGUCAGAUGAUUCUUCGCUAUGUCGGCACCGGUCGCCAGGACCGACUCCUGGACAACAUGCAGCACCAUGAGGCGUGUUGCGGCCUCACGGGCUCAUCUGAUUGGUUGCAGAAUUCUUUCAUCCAGACGCUCAACCUGAGCGGGAUGCACGUGUUUCCUUGUUCGUGUUUCAGCUCGCAUCAGCCCACCUACACGUCACCGUGGUGCUCACAAGUGAUCAACGCGUCUCAUGUGCACAUCAUCAGACCUAGAAACCACACACACGAGCAGGGCUGCAGAGAGAAGCUUCGUGAUUGGCUCCAGGUGAACAUUGUGACCAUGGUGGCCAUGGACGUCACCCUGAUGGUUAUACAGGUCCUGCAGUUGGCGCUGGCGGCCCAGCUCUACCGGUCCUUUGGCCAGAAGACAACCAAUGAGAUAGAAGCUAUUGACCACACCCCCCUCAGCAGUGACAUGGACAACCGAUAUGGACGCUGACUCCGCCCACCAGAACCUUGAAACAUCUUAACUUUUUGCAUUGUCUCAAUGACGAGUCUGACGACGUACAUGGUACUAUGCUGUAUGUUUGCGUUUACAUACUCUAUAUGGUAUGCAUAUACACUAGUAUAUACUGUAUACUGUAAUGUAAAUAUAAAGUACAGUGUUACCUCGUUUAUCGCAGGGGAUAGGUUCCCAAAAUAGCCCACAAUAAGUGAAAUCCGCCAAGUAGCCAACAUCAUUUUUUUACAAUUAUUAUAUGUUUUAAUGCUGUAAAACCCCUCACCAUACACUUUAUACACUUUUAUCUGACAGACAAUAACAUUUUCUCACAUUUCUCUCUUGUUUAAACACUCUCAAAAAAGUUCAAACCUUCGUUUGAGUUUUAAUCAUCAACCUGCGAGGUUGGACACAAGAAAUUAUUAAGUGACUCACACGUAUUUCACUCAUCUGACCACGGCUCUUCAUCCUGGCGCCGUUCCGCUGUACUGUAGCGUUUUUGUAUCCUUGUUAAGACAUACUGCUGCAGUACUCCUCCUGUUGUAGUCCUCCUCCUUCGUACCGAAGAUUAAUUUCCAAGCGAGCAAGCAAGCUAGCGAUGGCACAGGGGACACGGCGGGGCGGCACAAGGAGUUUGAUUGACAGUGGUCAACUUCCCACAAUGCAAUUUUUCUUAAAGGGCCAGGCUCGGGCAGUAACAGCCCUCAUACGCUGUAGUAAAAAAAAAAGAAGCACUAAAACAUGAUAGAUACAUACUGUACAUGUAUACUGUACAGUAGAAGGAGUUACAUUUGGGGACCGGGACUGCUUGUCUGUUGUACUUCCAGUAGUGACUUAUGAUCAUAUAUUAACUUGUGUUGUUCACCUCGCUGCACUUUUUAAGGGCCGGAUGGACUGUCAAAGCUAGUUUCUUUAGCCAAACUUCUCAUGGCACACGUCAAGGACCACCGAACAAAGUGCGGAAUCUCAACACUUGAUGAAAAAACAUGAUCAGGGAACCAUAAAGACAUAAACAUGUAAAAACGGUGGGCUUUUUAACAGUGCUACAUGUGUUUUGUACAUUUUACCUGCAUCAUCACAUAUUUAUAAAUUAUUACUGAC